CCCUAGGCGCGCGAGCAUAUCGAAGAUCACAACGGCUGAAGAUCGCGACGAUUCUUUUUAUUGCAGAACCGACGCAGGAAUCAUCGAGGUUGUAUAGAAUUCUUAUCGAGUUAAUUUUCCCUCUCUAAUUUGUACGAUUAUUAUAAGCGAGUCGCGUAAACGGCGCUGGGUAAACGCUUUCGUUAGUCGCUCCGAAAUUUCCACGUAACCUAAGUAACGUAAGACAAAGUCAUAACGCGAAGAGGAAUGUGUCGAUUACGACACCGUAAUCGGUGACCGCUGCAGAAACGAAAAAGAAUUGACGUCGCACGUAAUGCGCAUUCGAUAAUCUCUUCUGUUCGAUAAUCGAGUCUCAGUUGAGUAACUGAAGACACACUCAGUAGUUGCUCGGCAUGAUUCGGCAGUGCCAAAGACGCGCGACCUUCAAAGUCGCGCGCUCUUCGACGUAGCGACAAAACAUAUCAACAAAUAUAUAAGUCCUCGACACGCUCGCAAACAUAACAUUCUGUCGCGGAGCAUCGAAGACGUCGGUCGUCGGUAUGUCUUCCGCUAUUUUCGCGAAUUCGAUCAGCGUGUGUGUAACUGCUUGGUGUUAUUGCUUGUGUAAUACUUUACGGUAUUCGCGUUGUGCUCAUGGCAGUCAUCGUCGUGAGGUAUCGUGAAUUGAUGAUUCGACGGGUGUAGAAAUGUAAGGAAAAAAGAAACAUAUAACCGAACAUUCGCGUUCUCAAUUAUAGUCUCAGCACUGAUCGAUAUGUCUACUUUACCACCUCUCUCUCUAUCUCUCUACUCUGUCAUCAAUCAAGAAAACUGCUUUUUGCUUCAGAUCUGAUGGUUUUUGCGAUCAACGAGGAAUAUUCCUACGACUUCGAGAGAUGCCGAGGACAGCUACAGCAGAAGAUCAAGUUCGAGUCGAGCGGAGUCGUCCUUGACGUUCAGCGGUUCGCAACCGAAAGCACCACUACCUCAAGCCGUGCGAAAUGUGGACGCGAAUGAGCCUGGUUCGUUUCCUCGGCUGCCUCUUCUUGGUCGCCGUCGUCGGGACGACGAACGCCUACGCCGAGCCGGAGCCGAUGGCUCGACCGACCAGACCGAAGGCGAUCGCGAGCCCCGAAGAGCUGGAGCGUUACUUUGACCUUGUCCGAGACUAUUACUCCUUGAGAAGGGCAAGAUACGGCAAGCGCAGCGGUGACGCGGCGCCUCGGACAUUGGAAUUGAACGCCACUUGGGAGACCCUGAAGACGAUCCUGGACGCGCAACGGCAGAAUCAGCAGCGCAGGCUGGGCAAGAACAAGCCGACGACCAACGAGCAGGAAAUCGCGUACCGCGACUAUCACGGCUUGGACGCCGACAGACACGCGUCGCGCGUCGCCGCAAGACCCGGAUACCUCCUGGACGUGGCCGGCAGAUACUACUACGACGAUGUACAGUAAAACGGCCCCCGCGUAGCGUCUCUAAUUUCGCGAGUCACCGAGGGAAGGGAAAAAAAGGAAAGAAAAAAAGAAGAGAAAUAUACCAAAGUCCUCCUACCAUUCCGAGCACAAUCGUCGAGCACAAAUCCUCUCCCCUGUCGAUGUUGAAUUGACUCGUUGCUUUUCUUCCUUGUCGCGACUUGAUUUCGCGUCGCGUCGCGGGUCUGUGUCUGAUCGAAGGAUAAUCGCAUAUACGAAGCGUACGGAAUAAGACGGAAUAAGAGGUUAGUUAAGAAGAAUAACGAGAGAAGGAGAAAGAGAGGGGCAGACGACGGCGGAAGCGUGAUGAAGGUUACGCGUUUGUUCAUGAUCAGGAAACGAUUCUCUCUUUCUCUCUCUCUCUCUCUCUCUCUCUCUCUUUUCUCUCUCUCUCUCUCUCUCUCUCUCUCUCUCCCUCUCUCUCGGUGUCUGACCGAUGACGCUCGAGAUAAGUCGAGUUCUACUAAUUGCGUGAUACGAGCCUAGAUAGCACGAUUGUAACCCUCCCCCUUUAAUAUUGUAUGUAAAUUCUUUUGUUAACAUUACGGAGCAUAAUAAAAUUAAAUCGAAUUAUACAUCUACGACGAACUAUACUCUGACGACAAAGGGAUGACCGUCGUUUGUUUUGCGACGAGGUCCGAUGCACGCCGGACUGAAUUGCGGUUAGAUUUCCCCGUGAUGCAAUAAAGUCCAAGCACGCGCGACAUCAGAGCGAUGGUGCAUUAAUACAUAUCUCGAACUCGUGUCUCUUAUCAAAGCUAUCCAUCGCCGAUGCAAAUUAUAUUUUCGAGUAUUCGGAGUAUCCGAGCCGAGAAUUUCCCUCUAAUGUCGCGACUUGAGUGUGACACUCAAGAGCGUUGAAAAAUAUUUCGUGUCAGAUUGUGCGAGAGAACACGCACACCCGAGGCGUUUGAAGAGACUUUUAUCAGUUACGAAGAGCUCUCGAGUGAACUAUCGGACAAUCGUCGGUGAGGAUAUCAAACGCUAUCGAGAUCUGCGAUCUUCCGGAGAUGCGGAAGAUUAGUAACUUACAUCGCGAAGGAAAUGAGACAGUAUCGGCCGACUCGCGGCGCAACGCACAGUGGAAUCGUUGAAAAAUGAACAAUGUCUCUUUAUUCAAUAAGUUACAAUACGGUGUUGGACACUGUUGGAUUAAGGUAUAGCUUACUAUCCUACAAAUAAAUAACUAUCGAUGAGCAAAAAUUACUUUUCAUUCGGCAUUUGAGCGAAUAAAUCUUUAGAAUAGGUUUCGUUAAAGCUGACUCGCGUUAAUAAACGGCUACGUUGUACAAGCGGAUAAAAAGGCGGUAGCGCUGGACUCAGGACUCUUCAAAUGUACCGGUUGAAGAUGGGCAGCCUAAACCAGGAACUUCCGCGCGUCUCUUCGGUCUCCUUCUUGUCGUUCUCUUUCUCGUUGUUCAGCAAAUCGUCUCCCUUGCCCACGUCCUCGUUCUUGGCCACUUCUUCGGU